AUGAGCUCCAGGAGGUUGACGACUGAAGAAGCUUUAUCACUGCUUUUCAACUGGGAUAGUGAUGAAGAAGAAGAUGUUUCAGAGACUGAGGAUCUUUCAGAGGCCGAGGACAAUGUUAUUGAUGAUCCAGACUGCCAAUUUUCAGACGAGGAGGAGGAUUCUGAGGAGGAGUGUGCCGCCAUCUCUACAUCAAAUGAAAACCAAGGAAUGCAGCAAUCAUCAUCCACUGAGGAGACAUGGACAUCUAAAGAUGAAAGGAUCAUACUGGACAUGACUAACCUGGAAGGGAGGCGUGUAUUUCAAGAGAAGUGGAAGCCACUGGAUCAGACUGACUUGCAUGCUUAUAUUGGAAUUCUGAUAUUAGCUGGAGUAUACAGGUCCAAGGGAGAAGCAACUGCAAGUCUAUGGAAUGAAGAGAAUGGAAGGCCAAUCUUUCGAGCAACAAUGUCUUUGGAGACAUUUCUCAAGAUAUCUCAUGUGAUCAGAUCUGACAACCGUGAAACCAGAGCUGGUCGACGUGAAAGAGACAAACUUGCUGCAAUCAGAGAUGUAUGGGAUAAAUGGGUGGAAAUUCUACCUUUGUUGUACAACCCUGGUCCCCACGUUACUGUUGAUGAGCGCCUUGUCCCAUUCAGGGGUCGCUGUCCUUUCCGACAGUAUAUGCCCAACAAGCCGGCCAAGUAUGGCAUCAAAAUAUGGGCAGCCUGUGAUGCAAAAUCUAGCUAUGCAUGGAAUAUGCAAGUAUACACUGGAAAGCUACCUGGAGGAGCAUCUGAGAAGAAUCAGGGGAUGCGUGUGGUGCUGCAGAUGAGUGAAGGGCUGCAAGGGCAUAACAUCACCUGUGACAAUUUCUUUACAUCCUACUCAACUUCCAAGCUCAAGGCAUCAGAGCAGAAACUGAGCAUGGCUCAGGAGGAGCUGGACAAGGAGAAGAUGAAGGUUUCACCUGCGAUGAACAUGGACACUGGAGAAAAGGACUGCCUGAUUUGGGGCCAGUACCAGGACAGACUGAACAUUGAACAGCAGCAAGGGUGGCAAACAGAUUGA